CACUGAAGCGUUGCUUUUAAUUUGUUUGUGUCGGCGUCGGUUGGAUUGGAAUCAAGCUAUUUGUCUUAAAGUAAUUGCUACUUAAAUAACUGUUGUGUUGCCAAAAUUAAAAAACAAACGAGACAUCGUGCAACACGUCAAAGGAAACCCAACCAAUGUUAAGCAAAAUGGCUAGCAACUCAAGUGGCGCAGGUGGAGGUGGCUCCGGCGGCAGUGGACGUCGUAUACCGCUUUCGCUGAGUGGUGGAACCACCGUGUCCCGCCUGCAGCAGUCGUCGGGCAGUAACGGCCGCUCGAUUAGCCCCCAGAAUGGCAACAAAAAAAUUACAGAAUCCUUCAAAGCGUUGAAAAAGCCAACCCAGCAACGAUCCUCGUCUACCAGCUCCUCUUCGUCCAGCGGAUCCAACCAAAAUGGCGUCAACAAGCCCAGCAAUGGCAAGGAGAAGUCCCAGAACGGAAACUCUAAGGAUCAAAAGGAUCAAAAAUCUAAAGAUAAUGUGCCGGAAAAGAAGGAGCAGGUGGACAGCGAGAAUAAGGAGGCUGUAGCCGAAAAAAUGGAUACGGAGCUUGAAGCCGACCAGAAGGUAAAGGAUGAGUUAGAUGAAAGGAAUGAUAAGGAGUUGGUGGUCGAGACGAGCGAUAAAGAUGUGGCCCCAAGUUCCGACAAGAUGGAAAACCAAGAGGCCAAAAAGGAAGCUACCGCUGAAGUUACCACAACCGCUUCUCAACCAGCUCUGGACACGGUGGACCUCGAAGAUGUUGUAGAGGUCAUUCCAGAACUUAGCACUCCUUCAAAGGAUCGCAGGUCUACACGCAAGGCAGGCAGCCAACAAAAGUCGCCCGUCAGCAAGCUGAGCCCCGCUUCGCCAUCCCAGAAGAAGGAAACUGAAAUAGAUGCUGUCUCUUUGACUCCACAGGAAGAUGCGGACAUGGAACCGCUUCAAAUGGACGCCUCGCCCAUACGCACCGUUAUUGGCAAUCUGAAUGCUCUGCCGACGGCCACAUCUACACCAGGACGCAAUCUCUUCGGUUUCCGCAGCAGCAGCAAGCAGAUCAAUGACGUGGGGCUGGCUGCCCAGCCCUCUAGCUCGCCGGCAGGAACUCCGGCCCGCACUUUCGCCCAGAUCAGCGGCAGGCGAAGCAUACGAGCCAUCGACUCGCUGACUCCCUCGAAAGUGGGCACGUACAGGUGCGGCAACAGUGAUCUGGACACCUCAAACUGCACGAACGCCAGCAUGAAUGCCACCGUGGGAUCGGAGAUUCCCAAUAGCUCGUCCUUUUCGUUCUCGUUCUUUGGCCGUGGCCGCAAGCGCGAGCGCACUCCCCCGCCACUAACGGCAUCACAGUCGACCAGUGAGCUGGGUCAAGAUGUGGAAAUGUCGCCGCCAAAGCGUGCCCGCUUUGACUUGUUCAGCUUGAACCUGGCCUCGCCCUUCAGUCUGCUGCGAUCAAGAUUCUCAAAGACAACAAUCAGUUCUCCAACCCGUCUGUGUCUGGAGCCGAACGUUUCCGGCGUGGAGGAGCAUCAAGUACACACAUGUUCAAACAGCUUGCCAGAAGAGGUUGAGGGCGAGGAGGAGCAGGCAAGCAAGAAUGUGACCGUGGGCCAGGAGGCCGGUCUGGAGACGCCAAAGAAGGCGGGCUCGCCCCAUAAGGAAAUCCCCGCCGAGAAGGAGGUCGAGGGUCAGGACGCCGAUGGCCAGGAUGUCGAUGAGAAGUCCAGUGACGGAGAAAACAUUCCUCCCGUUGUGGAGGUUGCCGAUGUGGCUGGAGCUGAGGCCCGCUCCCGCUGCUCAAUUAUGUAAUACGGCCCAACAGACCCUUCCCCUAGUUAAUAAGUCUAUGUCUUAGCAUAUCCGUUUUGCUCCUUUUUGGUAAUUUGUGUUCAGACGUAAAGUUACAUGUUAAGAGAGAGCUUCCGCCAGAUACUUUGAUAGCCAGUCCUGGACAGGUAUUUUCUCAUCGAAGGAAAUUUACGCCAGGUUUGAGUUUUAACCAAUCUUGAAAGGAUUCCUUGCUGGUUGGCUGCUCUCUCAGAAUUUUCAAGUCCCAGCCAAUCACCGACGAAUCGUAUAAUCGGUACCCAGGUAAAGUGGGUACCGAAACCGGGAAAAAACCAAUAUAUGUAGCCGUAUUUGUAUAAGAAACAUAAAAAAGUUUUAUAUGCAUACACAUAUUUGUGAAAGUUUCGUCUUUCCGCCAACAAAAUACUUCCUUUUACACAUUCAACAGAAGGAACAAAGUUUUUGAUUUGUAAAAAUUAACACAUGUAAUACAUAAAUAAAGUAUAUUAAAAA